AUGGCCUUUCCAGCUCUACAGGUUAAUUCAUUCUUGAUCGUAUCAGUGUUUCUUCUCUUCUCAGCCAUUUUCGCUGCAGGCCAAUCCGAGUGCAAAUUAAAGUUGGGCUCUUCGUUAACUACUGAAGACACUAGCCCGUGGAGCUCGCCUUCAGGUGAGUUUGCCUUUGGAUUUAGGCGUCUUCAGAGAUCUCCGUCUGACAAUGAAGAUCUCUUCUUGUUAGCCAUUUGGUUCAAUAAAAUACCGGAACAAACUAUUGUUUGGUCCAAAAACGAGUUUUCAGUACCUCAAGGAUCAAAAGUCGAGCUGACAAAUAAAGGGAAACUCAUUCUCUACAGUUCUCGAGGAAUGGAAAUAUGGACGGCUCCAACUAUCGGUGGAUCCACCUCCACCUGUGCUACCAUGCUUGAUUCUGGGAACUUUGUGUUAACAAAUGGAGAUUCUAAUUACAUAUGGGAGAGCUUUAAAGAGCCUACUGAUACAAUAUUGCCUGGCCAGAUCAUAAACAUGGGUACAAAUCUUUAUGCGAGCCAAUCUGAGAAGAAUUAUACAAAAGGAAAAUUUCGGCUCAGUAUGCAAGAAGAUGGAAAUCUUGUGCUUUACCCUAUAUUUUGGCCAACUGAAGAUGCAGGUAAUGCUUAUUGGGCUAGUAAUACUGUGCGCUUGAAUCCUGAUGUUCAACUUGUGUUCGACGUGGCUGGUUAUCUCUACUUAAAAGACGAGAAGGAAAACAUUGGAAACAUUGGAAACAUCACGAAAAAAGACAUGGGUUUACCACAGGAUUUUUACCACAUGGCAAGGAUUGAUUCUGAUGGAGUUUUCAGAGCCUACAACCAUCCAAGAAAGAAUUAUGCUGCUGAUGCCAAAGGUUGCACAUCGGCUUGGUCUACUGUACAAAGCAUACCAGAAGAUAUGUGCAAAGCAGUCUUGGGAGGUCUUGGGAGCGGGGCUUGUGGAUUUAAUAGCUAUUGUGUGAACUCAAAUGGAAAGCCACAAUGUCUCUGCCCGGAAGGAUACUCUCCCGUUGACUCAUUUGAUAUGUUGAAAGGCUGCAAGCCAAAUUUUCAAUUGCCUAGUUGCCGCCAAAAUGGAUGGGAAUUGAACAUGGAGUUUAUAGAGUUCAAGGAAUUGAAUGACACUGACUGGCCCUUAACUGAUUAUGAACUACAGACUGGAUCACAAGUAGAUAAGGAUAUGUGUAAAGAAUUCUGCCUCCGGGACUGUUUUUGUGCAGCUGCUAUAUAUGAUAAGAACAAUUGUUGGAAGAAAAAGUUCCCCCUUUCAAAUGGAAGACAAUCCAGAGGUUUGAACAGAACUGCCCUCAUUAAGGUGCCAAAAGGCAACAUGACAGACUUUUGUUUCAAAAGAAAAGAUCAGUCUACUUUAGUUCUUGUUGGAUCACUACUUCUUGGCAGUUCUGUGUUCCUAAAUUUUCUUCUGCUGUUAACUAUAAUAGUUGCUGUUUUCUUUGUAUAUCACAAGAAGAUGCUGAAUUUACAGUUUGAUUCAACUACAUUUGGGUUGAGAAGUUACACGUACAAAGAACUCAUGGAGGCAACUGGAGGCUUCAAGCAGCAACUAGGCCGGGGAGCUUUUGGAACGGUCUAUAAAGGUGUCACUCCAUCAAUUCCGAAGAGAUAUAUCGCUGUUAAGAUGCUGAAUAAGGUUGAACCAGAUGGCGAAAAAGCAUUCAAAACUGAAUCAAGUGUUGUAUUUGCAAUGGGAGAAGAAGAGGAGGCUCUAAUCGAUUGGGCCUACGACUGCUACAGCAAAAAGAAACUAAACAAAAUGGUGGAAAAUGAUGAGGAAGCAAUGAAUGACAUGAAAAGUGUAGAAAGGCUAGUGAUGGUGGCAAUUUGGUGCAUUCAAGAGGAUCCUUCAAUAAGGCCUCCCAUGAGAAGAAUUACUCAGAUGCUUGAAGGAGUUGCUGAAGUUCCCGUCCCUCCUCGCCCUUCAGUAUUUAGUUCAAUUUGA